CUGCAAAGCAGUUUUACGAAACCAUACUGCUACCGCUAUUUAUGCAUAGUUUCUACAAAUGGCAGGCAAGAAACGGAGGAAUCAGCUAUUAUUGGUCUUGAUAUUAAAGAUGGAAAAGUAUCAAUUGGUCUUGUGCUUCCGAUAUGGCAAGAUAUGGUUAUUCAUCUUGGCGGUGAUGGGGGCUUUCGUGUGGUCACCAAAGAGGUUGAGAAGCUAUUCAAGCCAAUCUCUGUUCAGGCCCUUUGGGCUGCUUUCCAGGCGGUUAAUAAGAGCUGUCAAAUUGCACGAGAAAAUUCAUAUUUUGCUAAAGGUCUUAAUCAUUCCUGGAUAGGGUAUUACAUUUCUUUGCCCUCAUCGGAUCAUUUUCAAAUGCAAGAUUGGCAACAGUUGGACGAAGCAGACUCACUGAACAAGCAGCCAGACCCUCCAAUUUAUUUGACAGAUGAUGCUACGGAAGAGGAGUAA